AUGCAUACAUCGCAAGAUUCACCACAAGUGAACGGCUCGACCGGUUACGGUCAGAACGUCGUGGAUGGACUGAAAAAAGAGGCGAAGUUGGAACAGUCAUCGGUUCAAAAAUUAUCGAAAGAGCAAGAUCAUGUUUUGAAAACUUUCAGACUGCUCAUUGCGGAUCUGUGUCAACAGUUCAAUGGCGGGCAUCCCGGAGGCGCCAUUGGUAUGGCUGCGAUUGGUGUCGCACUGUGGAAGUAUGGCAUGCGAUAUGCACCGCACACACCUACGUACUUCAACCGGGAUCGAUUCGUCCUGUCAAACGGCCACACAUGUCUUUUCCAAUACACCUUCCUCCAUCUCACAGGGUAUAAAGCCAUGACUUUCGAUCAACUGAAGUCGUAUCACUCAGAUCGCGUCGACGCUCUCUGUCCAGGACAUCCUGAAAUCGAACAUGAAGGCAUUGAAGUGACGACUGGCCCGUUAGGACAGGGUGUGGCUAACGCGGUGGGUCUGGCAAUGGCGACAAAGAACCUGCAGGCGAUUUACAACAAGCCAGACUUCGACGUGGUGUCGAACCACACAUGGUGUAUGAUCGGAGACGCGUGCCUUCAAGAAGGUGUUGCCUUAGAAGCAAUCUCUUUCGCUGGCCAUCUGAAGCUGAACAACCUUACCAUUAUUUACGACAACAACCAGGUCACUUGCGACGGUUCUGUCGAUUUAACCAAUACUGAGGACGUGAAUGCCAAGAUGGCGGCAUGCGGCUGGGAUAUCAUCGACAUUGAGGAUGGCUGUUUCGACAUUGAGGGCCUUGUUGAGGCUCUGAACAAGGCACGAUCAUCUACUGAGAAGCCCACAUUCAUCAAUGUCCGAACGGUAAUCGGCCUUGGCAGUGCUGUUGCAGGCGACGCAGUUGCGCAUGGCGCAGCUUUCGGCGCAGCGGAUGUGGCCAACAUGAAGAAAGCUUACGGCUUCAACCCCGAGGAGCAUUUUGUUGUUAGCGAUGAAGUGCGCAGGUUCUUUGAAGAUAUUCCGGCGAGGGGCGAGGAGCUUGUAAAGUCCUGGGAGAAGAAAGUAGACGAGUAUCUAAGUAAGUAUCCGGAGGAGGGAACCGACUUCAAACGCAGGGUGGAGGGUCGCCUGACAGAGAAUUGGAAAGACCUGGUUCCGAGCUCAUUUCCCGAUGCGCCGACGGCGACGAGAAAAGCGUCGGGCCUGGUCUUCAAUUCGAUCGCCGAGAAGAUAAACAACUUCAUGGUCGGCACAGCGGAUCUGUCGCCCUCGGUCAAUAUGAUUUGGAAGGGCAAGGUCGAUUUCCAGAAUCCUGAUCUGAAGACAACAUGCGGGAUUGUAGGCAAUUACAGCGGACGGUACAUCCAUUACGGUGUGCGGGAGCAUGCCAUGUGUGCCAUCUCCAACGGUUUGGCAGCUUUUGCACCCAACACGUUUAUCCCUGUCACAUCCUCUUUCUUCAUGUUCUACCUCUAUGCAGCACCGGCUAUUCGAAUGGGCGCGCUGCAACAGCUCCAGGUCAUACAUGCGGCGACACAUGACAGCAUUGGGAUGGGCGAAGACGGUCCAACUCAUCAGCCAAUUGAACUCGCAAACCUCUACCGCGCUAUGCCCAACCUAUUGUACAUUCGACCGGCCGAUAGCGAGGAGACUGCCGGAGCGUGGAUCACAGCAAUUGAGGCGAAGAACACGCCGACCAUCAUCUCGACAUCGCGACACACUCUUCCUCAGCUUGCACAGACGAAGCGGGAUUCGGUCGGGAAAGGUGCAUAUGUAAUCGAGGAGGUUGAGGAUGCGGAUGUGACGCUUAUUGGUGUCGGUGCAGAGCUGCAUCAUGCGGUCGAUACAGCGAAGGAGCUGAAGGCGAAGAACAUUAAAGCACGCGUCGUGAGCUUCCCGUGCCAGCGGCUAUUCGAUGCCCAGUCUACACAAUACAAGCGAGAGACUCUGAGAAGACAUCGCGGCAUUCCAGCUGUCGUUAUUGAGCCGUAUGCGCCAAACGGAUGGGAGAGGUAUGCCGAUGCAGCAUGCUGUGUAAAGCGCUUCGGUCACAGCCUGCCAGGCAAAGCAGCCUACAAAUACUUUGGCUUCGAUGUGCCUGCGUUGAUGGCGAAGGUAGAGAACUACCUGCAGCAGAUCUCGCAACAUCAAACUCUAGCACGUCUUUCCAUUGCCAGUCACAAAAUGUCCUCCGACACAACUUCAACAUCCCUACCGCCUGAGAAGCUCGUCUCGCAACUCCUGUCUACGAUAGAGGAAAGGAUCAUACCUUUGACGCAGAAAGGUGUCUCGAGCGGCUCUAAGCUCUUCGGCGCUGCUAUCCUGGCCCGUAAAGACCUUGCACCAUACACCCUUGCCACAAACAACGAACGCAUAUCACCUCUCCUACAUGGCGAGAUAAACUGUAUCCAACAGUUCUGCACUGUCGAUUUCCCUGAUCCGUCAACACGACCUCAUCCGGCCAAAGACUGCAUCUUCCUCGCUACCCACGAGCCUUGUUCUCUCUGUUUAAGCGGCAUUACUUGGGCAGGUUUCAACGAGUUUUACUAUUUGUUCACGUAUGAGGAUAGUCGGGAUCUAUUUGGGAUCCCGUACGACAUCGACAUCCUGCAAGAGGUGUUUAGGGUGCAGGGGGAAGGCGAAAAUGAAAAGCAGGUACAGAACAGGCAACUGUACAAUCGCAGGAACAAGUUCUUUACCGCGAAGAGCUUUGCUGACGUCGUCGGAGGGAUUCAUGAUCGAAGCGAGAGGGAGAGGCUAUUAGGCGAGAUUGAGAGGGUCAAAGGUUUGUAUAACAGUCUAAGUGAGACAUAUCAAAAGGGCAAAGCAGCGGGUACAGAAAGCUCAAGUGUAUGGAAGUAG